AUGGAGGAGACGGCUUUGUGCAAACGCCAUCUACAAAGUCCCGUGUCUGUGACCUGCCGGUUAUAUGCUAGUGAACGCCGUGGUGAUGAGCCCAAGCGUCUUCAGUUAACGGCGAGGGGUAUUGAGCUGCACUCUGUUGUGGCGUCGUCUGUCUCCUCCGUGUCGGAUCUGAUUCCCUGGUGCUGGAUCCUCGGCGCUUCGGAGUGUACGCGCAGUAUCCGCCACCGCUUUGUACCUGUCGACGAAGCAGACAGUGACUUGGAAAAUGACAGGGAGUUUGUUGUCUUUGGGUGCAUGCCAAAGUCCGAGAAGUUGUCCGGCAGAGGUGGACUGCUUGGCUGUCUCACAUCACUGGCUAUGGCUGUGCUACCUUCAGCUCUCACAGGCAGUACCUCGGAGAAUGCAGGUGUGGAUCGGGUACUGGUUCAGUGGUUGUUCAAAUGUGAGGCGAACGACAUGGGAGGUGAGGUGGCGACGACGAUAGUGAAGGCCAUCCAGUUCUUUGCAGAUCCACGAGCUGGAGAGAUGACGGAAAAGCUGCUGGAUGGUUACGAAGACCUGCCCUUACGAAAGUUUUUGGUGGUGAUCAACCCUGCAGGAGGUACGGGCGAUGCGCAGCAGACGUACGAGCAGCAGGUCGCUCCGGUGUUCGAGCAGGCGAAUAUAGUCGUGGAAACGGUCGUUACUCGACAUGCUGGACAUGCGACGAAGCUCAUGGCAGAAGUGCCAUUGAAUCAGUUCGACUGCAUCGUGGCGGUGGGAGGCGACGGACUGCUGUCGGAGAUGCUGCAAGGAUUGAUGCAGCGCAAAAACUGGCAGCAAGCAGUUCCCCAGCCGCUUGGAAUCAUUCCUGGUGGAUCAGGCAAUGGUCUGUCUGCAUCGUUGUUGUCGCGAGCUGGCGAGCAACCGACGGUGCUUAAUGCAGCCUACUCCCUCGUCAAGGGCCAUGUUGAGGAUCUAGACUUGUUCUCUGCUACCAAUGGGAACGGAGCUGACAUGUACGGGUUCUUGUCGCUGGAGUGGGCUUUUGUUGCCGAUAUGGACAUCAACUCGGAGCGGUACCGCUUUUUCGGCGAUUUGCGGUUCUUCAUUGCGACGGCACUGCAGAUCUUCGGCUUUGGUCGGACGAACUAUCCUGGUCGACUGCGUUAUCGUGCUGUCAAGAACGAGGAGCCCCUUCCCGAAACAUACCAUGACGCUUUCAGCUCUACUGUCGCAACUGCAAAGCCAAUUUGCGCAUGUUUGGAGGAAGAGCAAGACAGUCGAAAUGCUGAAAAGUGGCUGGAAAUGCAAGGAUCGUUUUACAUGUUCUGGGGCAUGAACACGUCCCACGCUGCGGCAGAUGCUCACAUUGCACCGACCGCCGAUAUCUCGGACGGCUUGUUCCACCUCAUGCUCGUUUCAGGGGCGCGUUACUCGCGCUUUCAGCUGGCGAGAUUGAUGAUGGGGAUUGAGGAUGGUUCGCACCUGGAUUUGGAUCGAGUCCAACUCAUUCGUACACGUGCUUUCACGAUACGUGCCAGCAACGCGAACGACCUCAUUUGCGUUGACGGAGAGCUUUUCCCUGGACCGGAGAUCAAAGUCGAGGUGCACCGUGGAUUGGGGCGCAUACUCUGCUUGCCUGCAAAGAAGGACAAGUAG